AUGCCUGCCUACAACAACGUGAUCGUCUUCGGCGCCACAGGCGCAGUUGGCUCCGCCGCCGCCCUUCGAGCCCACAAAGACGGCGCAAAAGUAUCGCUAGCCGUACGCGACCCCUCCAAGCCGACCCCCCAACUCGAUGGAAUCCCCGCCGAAAAGGUCCAAGCCGACCUCACCCAGCCCGAGACCGUCAAGGUAGCCGUUCACCAAACAGGCGCCAAGGCUGCCUUUAUCUAUGCGGUCUGGGGCGCCCCUGACCACAUGAGGCCCGCUCUGCGAGCUCUCAAGGAGGCGGGCAUUGAAUUCGUCGUUUUCCUGAGCAGCUUCUCCAUCGAAACUGAUAUUCGCGCCGUGCCCUCGGACGACUUCAUCCCGCUGCACCACGCCGAGGUGGAGAUUGCGCUGGAAGAGGUCUUUGGUAAUGACUUCGUCGCUAUUCGGCCUGCGUACUUCGCCAGCAAUAUCUUCCAGCAGAAGCAUGCUAUCGCACAAGGGGAAGUGAAGCUGCCAAACCCUGAUGCUCCCUUCGAUUGGAUCUCGCCCGACGAUAUCGGUGAUGUUUCAGGCGCGAUCUUGGUUAGCGGUCAACGUGUUCGGUCGGUUGGACUUCUGGGGCCGGAGAAGUUGAGCUUGAAGGAUGCUGUUGGUGUCGUGGCGAGUGUGCUGGGCAAGAAGAUUGAUGUCACCAAAAUUUCUGAGGAAGAGGCUUCCGCUCAGCUUGUGCAGAAUGGUCUGCCUCCUCCUCUCGUCAACUGGCUCAUUCGCAACGUUGUGGAUCGUCCUGGUUCAUUCUUUUCGCACCAUGAUGCAUCCAAUGCGGUUGGAAACAUUCAAAAGUAUUCACAGCAUGCCCCGCAGAGAUUCCAGGAGUGGGUGGAGGCCAACAAGGACAAGUUCUAG